GUCUCACCAACACGAUACGUUCAAGCGGUGGCAGCAAUGGCUGGUCUGAAGUUUUCCUUUGUUUUCGGGUUGGUAGUUGCGGUCGCUUUUGCUUUCCCUCAACCAAAUGGCGAUGAUUCAGCGGUGGCGGUUAGUCCCGAGGCUCCAGUUGAAGGCGAGUCGGUCGACACACGUUAUCGACCUGUUCAUCGUCCUUAUGGUUAUGCUGGCCAACAAUAUGGAAGUAAUUACUACAGCAAUCAGCAAUACGAAAGCCAUUACAGCAGCCAACAGUACGGACAUUCUUACGGUCAUCAAAAUUACGGAUAUGAACAGCCUUAUUAUGGCCAUUACGAUCGUCCUUACGGAUACGGUUACAAUGGAUAUCCUGGAUAUUACGGAAGGCCGCAAGGCAUUCUGGGCACUGUAGGAAACGUGUUGGAUGGACUGUUGGGUCUGCGUGAAGGUGAAAAGAAACAAACGGCUGAUGGCGUCGUUGCUCCCGCCGACGCGCAGCCGGAGGCUGCUGCUGUAAUUGACUCCGCACCAACUUCGCAAACCGCCAGCGGUGGCGAUGGAGUCAUUUUCCAGUGAACAGAAACACGGCAAGAUUUUGAAUCACGAUUCUCAUCAUGCGUCCAAUUA